UCGCUCUGGCGGGUUAGGCGUGUUGGUCCGGGAGGCGGGCGGCCACGGCUUCCCGACAGGCUCGGGAGGCCGAGACCCUCGCGGCGCCCGGCGCUGCCCGGAUCCCCUCAGCCUCCAGCGGAGAGGCGGGGGAGUGAGGAGAUGCCGACCCAGAGGGACAGCAGCACCAUGUCUCACACGGUCGCGUGCGGCGGCGGCGGGGACCAUUCCCACCAGGUCCGGGUGAAAGCCUACUACCGCGGGGAUAUUAUGAUAACACACUUCGAGCCUUCCAUCUCCUUUGAAGGACUUUGCAGUGAGGUUCGAGAUAUGUGUUCUUUUGACAAUGAGCAGCCAUUCACCAUGAAAUGGAUAGAUGAGGAAGGAGACCCGUGCACAGUGUCUUCUCAGUUGGAGUUGGAAGAGGCUUUCAGGCUGUAUGAGUUGAACAAGGAUUCUGAACUCCUGAUCCACGUGUUCCCGUGUGUACCAGAGCGUCCUGGAAUGCCUUGCCCAGGGGAAGACAAGUCCAUUUACCGCAGAGGGGCGCGCAGGUGGAGAAAGCUGUAUUGUGCAAAUGGCCACACUUUUCAAGCCAAACGCUUUAACAGGCGUGCCCACUGUGCCAUCUGCACAGACAGGAUCUGGGGACUUGGACGACAAGGAUAUAAAUGCAUCAACUGCAAACUGCUGGUUCAUAAGAAGUGCCACAAGCUUGUCACAAUUGAGUGUGGGCGGCAUUCUUUGCCACCGGAACCCAUGAUGCCAAUGGACCAGUCAUCCAUGCACCCAGACCACACACAGACAGUAAUUCCAUAUAAUCCUUCAAGUCAUGAGAGUUUGGACCAAGUUGGUGAAGAAAAGGAGGCAAUGAACACCAGGGAGAGUGGGAAGGCGUCAUCAAGCUUAGGUCUCCAGGAUUUCGAUUUGCUUCGAGUUAUAGGGAGAGGAAGUUACGCCAAAGUACUGCUGGUUCGAUUAAAAAAGACAGAUCGCAUUUAUGCAAUGAAGGUUGUGAAGAAAGAGCUCGUCAAUGACGAUGAGGAUAUUGAUUGGGUACAGACAGAAAAGCAUGUGUUUGAGCAGGCGUCCAAUCACCCUUUCCUUGUUGGUCUGCAUUCCUGCUUCCAGACAGAAAGCAGGCUGUUUUUUGUCAUAGAAUAUGUGAAUGGAGGGGAUCUCAUGUUUCAUAUGCAGCGGCAAAGAAAACUUCCUGAAGAACAUGCCAGGUUUUACUCAGCAGAAAUCAGUCUAGCACUAAAUUAUCUUCAUGAGCGAGGGAUAAUUUAUAGAGAUUUGAAGUUGGACAAUGUACUGCUGGACUCUGAAGGACACAUCAAACUCACUGACUACGGCAUGUGUAAGGAAGGAUUACGGCCCGGAGAUACAACCAGCACCUUCUGUGGGACUCCCAAUUACAUUGCUCCUGAGAUCUUAAGAGGAGAAGACUAUGGCUUCAGCGUUGACUGGUGGGCUCUUGGAGUACUCAUGUUUGAGAUGAUGGCGGGAAGGUCUCCAUUUGAUAUCGUUGGGAGCUCUGACAAUCCUGACCAAAACACAGAGGAUUAUCUGUUCCAAGUCAUUUUGGAGAAGCAGAUUCGCAUACCGCGCUCCCUGUCUGUGAAAGCAGCAAGUGUGCUGAAGAGUUUCCUCAACAAGGACCCAAAGGAACGAUUGGGUUGUCACCCUCAAACUGGAUUUGCUGACAUCCAAGGACACCCAUUCUUCCGUAAUGUGGAUUGGGACAUGAUGGAGCAGAAGCAAGUGGUUCCGCCCUUUAAACCAAACAUUUCUGGAGAAUUUGGUUUGGAUAACUUUGACUCCCAGUUUACCAACGAACCAGUCCAGCUCACUCCAGAUGAUGAUGACAUCGUGAGGAAGAUUGAUCAGUCUGAAUUUGAAGGUUUCGAGUAUAUCAACCCUCUCUUGAUGUCUGCAGAAGAGUGUGUCUGAUUCUGCUUACUGCCAUUUAGUGCAUGGAUCAACCGUUAGCCCGGUCACAGUUAGCAUUUUAUGUUGUCCCUACAGAAAUCUCUCUCAAUAUCCUGUUAGCGACUAUAGGAAUCAUAUAGCUAAGCAGAGCUAAAAAAACAGAAACUAGUUUCCUGACAGUCAUGUCAAACUCCAGUUAUGCUUGCUCUCCAGAGGCUCCUAAUGAGAAAGGACAGUGUCUUUGUGUAAAGGAAACAGCCUAGCUUGUCAAAGAAAGCCUCUGCUGCGUUGUGACACUCAGUGGGAUGACAUCAUCAGUCUCCCACAGUUGUCACUUUGGGUUAAGGCAUGGAAGGCUUAAUUGUAGAGUGGAGGGCCAUGCUAAAUAUAUCUGCUAGUGUUACUGGUUUCUGAGUUCCCUCAGUUUGAAUCCUCCUAUAAAUCUUCUCAUUACUUUGGGUAAUUUAAAGAAGCAGUUAUCAAAUUGAUACACAAUUGACUUGUUUUAUUAAGAAUUGGGUUCUAAGUUAUUAUCUGUGUUUCAAAAACUAACACAGUGAUUUAUUUUGUGUUUUUAAUUUUUCUUUUUCUUUUUUUUUACAAUAAGGGGUUAGCUUCUGAGCUUGCCUCUUCCGUGAAUACUAGCAUAAUGAUACCUGACGUGCAGAGACCCAGGCUGCAUGGGAAUAGGCAGCUGCUCAGGUAAAGGAGAAAGGAGGAGUGUACCGUAGCUGCAGAAAGAACAAUGGUAGUAUUCUGUCUCUUCUGGAGAAUGAGUCCUGUAGCUGGUGGUUAAGAUUUGAUGUAAAUAAUGAGGAGGCUCUCGCUUCUUACCCUACUUAGAAAAGCAUUCCAUGUCUUCAGGGGAGGCGGAGUGAAUAUAUUUUUAUUAUUUAGUAUAUGGGAAAAUAAUUUAUCUGCUAAGUAGAAUGUCUUAACUACUUGUGAUUCCUUCCCCAGAGUACAUUAUCUGUACUUUGAGAGCUUUUCGUGGAGUCUGCAGUGAAGCUCAAGACCAGUACUGGUGACUUGAUAGCUGUGUGACACAUCCAGUACAGACCAGUACUGGUGACUUGAUAGCUGUGUAACACAUCCCAGUUCGGGCUCUUCCUGAGUUUUUGUGUCUAGGUAACAAGUGUGAUACAGUACAGUCCAUUCAGGGCAGAGUCUUCAGUUCUCCACAAUAUUUUUAUUAACAGUAGUAUUUAGCAAUCUUUUAUUUAAAGAAGCACCAUUUUAAGCACCAUUCUGCUGUUUAUUUUAAAUAUUUUUAUAUAAAGGACUUUAAAAUGGUCACCUAAACAAGCUACCAUUGUCAAAUCAGUAGACUUAGUUUCAUGAAUGCUGUACGGUGUUGAGCUUAUAAGGCUUCAAACACGUAGUCAUUGAAGACAUCUCUGAGGAUGCCACAUUUCAUUACAAGUGUAAGUUGUGUCAAGUUGGGUCGUGCAUUUUCUUAAAUAAUGAAAGACUGGGAGCCGUGAAAACCUCCACUGAGGAAAGCCAACCAGGGACCAUCAGUCGGUCGAGGCAGCUCAGCACCUGAUGACCUGAUGCCUGGAACCCACAAGCUGAGAGGAAGGACAGACCAGCUCCCACAGGCUGGCACCCGUGGCACGCACGAGGCCCUCCCUGCAGGACAUAACUGUGAGGGAGCAGACAAGGGAGUGCAGUGAAUGCACACCUAGAGGCAGAUGUUUGUGCACACUUCAUGUUUAAGAAGCGCGGGUUUCCCUGAGAUCUAGAACAUUCUUAAAUCAAAAGGCAGUGUUCACGUCCUAAGCUUGUGGGGAGUUCUGAGAUAUCUAUGACCUAAGUGGGGCUUCUCCCUUGGGGCACUUCAGACUGAGCCUUGUUAAAGUGCAGUGCCGAGCCUGCCUGGGAGUCUUCUGGGACUUGAUAUUUCAUCGUGAGAAGCAUUUUCGUCAAGGUAUUCUUUAUCUUGUGGCCAUAUUUCUUACUGGAGUGUGAGUCUGUGUUUUUUGUGAUAAAACAUUUUAAGAAGGGGAAAUCAGUAAAUUAUCAUGCAUUUAUCAACAAAUUUAGAUGAAUAAAUUCAAGUUAUAUGUCUUCCCUGCCCUCAUCCCCAACAAAACUUAUCCGUUUCUGCCAAUACCGUACAAAUGAUGAACAUUUUUCUAUGAUGAGGUUCUCACCAUAAUUAAGGUGGUCUUUGUUUUUAAAUCUUUCUGUUGUUGUUGAUAACUAAUAAGACAACGUACUAUGUAUGCUUUAUACAGAAUUAUUACAAUGAUUUUAGUUCCGUUCUUGUUUUCUGUCCUUCCGAGCCAUGCCAAAUCUGUAUGUUAUGGAAAUGUUCUCAGAAUCCUGCCAGGGGAAUGCAGUGUGGACGGGCAGUGAUUGGCACUUGGUGUCAUAGAAAUUACUUACCUUGCAUAAGCUCGUGGUUGGAUCGGUUAUCACGUGUAGCUGGAUGGAUAUCUAGUCCUGUGUUCUUGUUGUCGGUACUCACCUUAGAAACUUGUUUUGAUUUUUGUCAUGUAGAACACUGCCUUGUUCACUAUAAUGUAACUGUAUUUGUAUAAUUUUUUUACAUUAAGAUCUUAAAAUAAAAUGUUUAAUACCUAUG